AUCGCGCAGUGUUAUUUUUGGACGACGAUUACCGGCGUGUGCUUCAAGACGCAUAGCAGUACAACCAGUACAAAAUGGGCCAAAAGCUGUCCCGCCAGGAGCAACGGGCCGCGGACAUCCGGGAAUCGCUGCUGUGGCACCGGGACCAUCGACCACCCGACUGGGGCUCCCAGUGGCGUUCGGAGGCCGUCCACCGGGGUGUGAUCCGGAACAACAACCGACGAUCCGGCGAAGAUCGGUGCUGUUGCUGGAGUUGCUGCUGCGGCGGCUGUUUUGGACCGUUAAUUGCGCUCGGAGUGCUGUUGGUGCUGGCGUGGUAUGUCUGGUCCCGGGCACUUCAAGCUGGCCAACAGAUGGUGACGGAUUUUCCCGGAUUAGGACCUGGUCGGCAUUGCGGAGGGAAUGGGACGGCGACGUCGGUGGUGCGUGCGAUUAAUUGUACUCUGAGUUUCUACAGUAUGUUUACGCAAACGAUGGCGCAGGUGUGGAACGGAAUGGCGGUGGAGAUGAAGUGAGGUGGUUUCGUGAUAUUGAGUUUUGCAUUAUUUGUAAACAGUAGUUGUGUAGAAAUAAAGAUGAAACGUGCUAUUUGGAGUUUUUGCCAAUAGUCAAAAUUGACAA